AUGAUAUAAAAGAGGGUAUGAAUUGAAAUCCAACAGUACUGGAGCUCUACCUGUUGACCUCUCUCACUUCCCACCAUGGAGUGGAGAACAUCUACAGUCUGCAUACUGCUUCUGGCACUUACCGGCAUUCAGGUUGAUUCAAAGACAGUCUAUCCCAGCAACCAUGUCAACAACAUCUGUAGCAUGUGGGGAAACUUCCACUUCAAGACGUUCGAUGGAGACGUGUAUCAGUUCCCAGGCACAUGCGAGUAUAACCUGGUGUCCGACUGCCAAAGCCUCAUUCACCAGUUCUCGGUUCACGUGAAGAGAACAGAACACAGCACUGGACCAAAGAUCAGCAGGGUCUCGAUUACCAUCAAUGACAUUGGCAUUGAGUUGACCGAGAAACAGGUCAUAGUGAAUGGAGAAAAAGUAACGCUGCCCGUGCAUGUCGCAGGGAUCCUUGUGGAAGAGAACACAAUUUACAUCAGACUCUAUUCCAAAAUGGGCAUCACUGUCAUGUGGAACAAAGAGGAUGCCGUUAUGGUGGAACUAGACCCCAAAUAUUCCAAUCGGACUUGUGGACUGUGUGGCGAUUUCAAUGGAGUUCCAGUUUAUAGUGAGUUCAUUGAAUCUGGACGGAGGGUUGGCUAUGCUGAGUUUGGUAAUAAGCACAGAGUUCCCAACCCAACACAUGUCUGCGAAGAUCCUUUUGAAAAUGAUGAUGAGCAAAAUGUGGUGGACAAAUGUGAAAAAUUUCGGGCAGAUUGUGCAGACCUUUUGGAGGAUGAAAAGUGGUCUUCUUGUAGCUGGGUUUUGAACCCAGAGCCAUAUAUCAAGGCCUGUACAAAUGAUAUUUGCUCGAGCCAACCUGAAGAUGAAGACAUCAGCAUCUCUGCGCUCUGUGCGACUUUGUCUGAAUAUUCACGUCAGUGCUCUCACGCCGGAGGAUCUCCACCGUCCUGGAGGACAGCAAACUUCUGUGCUGUGCCGUGCCCAUACAAUAUGGUACAUUCUGAAAGUGGCUCUCCCUGUAUGGACACAUGCUCGCACAAAGACACAAACACACUGUGUGAGGAACACAACACUGAUGGAUGCUUUUGCCCGCCAGGAACUGUGUUUGAUGACAUCUCAAACACGGGCUGCAUCCCAGCAGAAAAGUGUCAGUGCAAGCAUGACCGCGUCUACAACACAGGAGAGAUCCUACGCAAAGAUGAGGAAGAAUGUAUAUGUAAGGAGGGAAGCUGGAUCUGUGUGAGUAUUCCCGGCCCUGGCCUGUGCUCCGUAGAGGAAGGAUCUCACUUCACCACCUUUGACGGGAAAGAAUUCACUUUCCAUGGAGACUGCAACUAUGUGCUCUCAAAGGACUGUGAGGAGUCCAAGUUCAUCAUACUGGGUCUGAUUGUUCCUUGUUUUACUCAUCAAACCGACACCUGUUUAAAGUCUGUUGUAGUGCUGUUUGACAACGACAUGAAAAAUCCUCUGAUUAUUAAAGCUGACGGGACGGUGCAACACAAUGCAGAAAUUUCACUUCCUUACGUGACUGCUGACUUCACAGUGUUCAUGCCAUCAUCGUUUCAUAUCAUGCUUCAGACCACUUUUGGGCUGCAGGUGCAGAUACAGCUGGUGCCGCUCAUGCAGGUUUACAUCACUGUAGACCAAAGCUUCCAGGGCAAGACUUGUGGUAUCUGUGGAAAUUUUAACAAAGUUCUGGCAGAUGAUCUGAAGACUCCUCAGGGAGUGGUGGAGGGUACAGCGGUUUCCUUUGCAAACGCCUGGAAGGCCCAGUCCAACUGCCCCGACCGUACCGAGAGACUAGACGACCCCUGUUCCUACAGCAGUGACAGCGAGCACUUCGCUGAGCACUGGUGUUCCAAGAUGAAGGACAAGGAGAGCCUCUUUGCCAAAUGUCACACCACUGUCAAUCCAGACAGCUACUACAAAAGAUGCAAAUACUCCAGCUGUACCUGUGAGAAGAGUGAGGAUUGUCUGUGUACAGUGUUCUCCGCGUACGCCCGGGCCUGUGCAGCUAAAGGAAUAAUCCUCCAAGGCUGGAGAGACAUUGUGUGCAAGAAAUAUACGGAGAAUUGCCCGGCCUCGCAGAACUACUCCUAUGAGCUGCAGAACUGUCAGCGUACCUGUCUGUCUCUCGCCUCUGAGCGCCAAAGCUGUAGUGUUGACUUUGUGCCCGUUGAUGGAUGCGCAUGUCCAGAGGGGCUCUACCAGGAUGAGAACGAUCUGUGUGUAGCUAUGGAAAAAUGCCCAUGUUACCACAACGGACAGAAAAUUCAUCCUGGCAAGUCUGUCACCAUUAGGGAUGAACACUGUGUUUGCAUGAAUGGAAAACUUCACUGUCGUUCCUGGAAAACCCGAAUUCUGGGAUGUUCCUCUCCCAAAGUUUUCUUCAACUGCAGUACAGCAGCCCCAGAUGAACAUGGAUUGGAGUGUGCAAAGACUUGUUCGCAACAGGAAGUUGACUGUUUCUCACUGGACUGUCAGUCUGGCUGCCAGUGUCCUUUUGGUCUAUUGGAUGAUGGGAGAGGACAUUGUGUUAAACCGGAUUACUGCCCUUGUAAACAUGAUGGACAGUAUUAUGCACCAGGAUCUGAGAUAACCAUGGAUUGCAAUCAAUGCACUUGCAAACGGGGAAAAUGGAAAUGUACACAUUAUAAGUGUCCAGGCAUAUGCACCAUUUAUGGCAGUGGACAUUAUAUAACUUUUGAUCAGCAAAGAUUCGGCUUUAGGGGAGAUUGCCGCUAUAUUGCUGCUCAGAACAAGUGUGGAAAUAAAACUGGCAAUUUUCAUGUGAUCACUGAGAAUCUGCCUUGUGGAACAACAGGAACUACAUGUACAAAGGCUGUCAAGAUAUAUCUUGGGAGGUUUGUGCUAGAGCUUUCUGAUGGAAAUGUAAUAGCCAAUGAUACUGGAAGUGAUCCAGAGAUCAAGUACACUGUGAGAAACGUUGGGAUGUACCUUGUCAUUGAUGCUAACAUUGGACUGACAAUUUUGUGGGACCGCAAAACCACCGUCCGCAUCAUUCUGCAACCUCAGCACAUGGGAGAAGUUUGUGGUCUGUGUGGAAAUUUCAAUGGAAAUGGAAAAGAUGACUUUACCACUAAGGGAAAUUUGCCAACUUCAAAUAUCCUGGAGUUUGUGGACAGCUGGAAAGUAGGCAACUGUCUGGAUGCAAAACCAGACUACAACCCAUGCAUGUAUACCCCCAAUCGAGAGACAUGGGCAAAAAUACAAUGUAGCAUCAUCAAGGAUAUUGAUGGUCCAUUCAAAGUCUGCCAUAACAAGGUGGAUCCAAACCCAUAUUAUGAGAACUGUGUGAAGGACUCGUGUGCAUGUGACACAGGUGGAGAUUGUGAGUGCUUCUGUACAGCUGUUGCAGCUUAUGCUCAAGCCUGCAAUGAGGCAGAUGUUUGUGUGAACUGGAGAACCCCUGAGAUCUGCCCUGUGUACUGUGACUACUACAAUAAUGGAACAGAAGAUUGCACAUGGCAUUACAGUCCUUGUCAUACACCUUGCUACAAAACCUGUCUCAACCUUAAUGGUACCUGCAGUAAUAACAAUUUACCCAACCUGGAAGGAUGUUAUCCAAAAUGUCCAGAGGAUAAGCCUAUUUUUGAUGAGCAAAAUCAGAUCUGUGUGGAGGAAUGUACACUGACAACAACACCAGAACCUACAACAUCAACAACUACCACAAAGUCUACUACAACACCAGAACCUACCACAUCAUCUACCCCUACACCAACAACUACCACGAAGUCUACUACAACACAAGAACCUACCACAUCACCUACCCCUACACCGACAAUUACCACAAAGUCUCCUACAACAACACCAGAAACUACCACAUCAUCUACCCCUACACCGACAACUACCACAAAGUCUCCUACAACAACACCAGAAACUACCACUUCAUCUACCCCUACACCGACAACUACAACAAAGCCUACUACAACACCAGAGCCUACCACAUCAUCUACCCCUACACCGACAACUACAACAAAGCCUCCUACAACAACACCAGAAACGACCACAUCCUCUACCCCUACACCGACAACUACUACAACAUCUACUACAACACCAGAACCUACCACAUCAUCUACCCCUACACCGACAACUACCACAAAGCCUCCUACAACAACACCAGAACCUACCACAUCAUCUACCCCUACACCGACAACUACAACAAAGCCUACAACAACACCAGAAAGUACCACAUCAUCUACCCCUACACCGACACCUACCACGAAGUCUACUACAACACCAGAACCUACCACAUCAUCUACCCCUACACCGACAGCUACUACAACAUCUACUACUACAACACCAAAACCUACCACAUCUUCCACCCCUACACCGACAACUACCACAAAGCCUCCUACAACAACACCAAAACCUACCACAUCCUCUACCCCUACACCGACAACUACCACAAAGCCUCCUACAACAACACCAGAAUCUACCACAUCAUCUACUCCUACACCGACAACUACUACAACAUCUACUACAACACCAGAACCUACCACAUCAUCUACUCCUACACCGACAACUACCACAAAGCCUCCUACAACAACACCAGAAUCUACCACAUCAUCUACUCCUACACCAACAACUACUACAACAUCUACUACAACACCAGAACCUACCACAUCAUCUACCCCUACACCGACAGCUACCACAACAUCCACUACAACGACACCAAUAUCAGAAUCUAUCUCAUCUACCCUUACACCAACAACUACCACAAAGCCUCCUACAACAACACCAGAACCUACCACAUCCUCUACCCCUACACCGACAACUACCACAAAGCCUCCUACAACAACACCAGAAUCUACCACAUCAUCUACUCCUACACCGACAACUACUACAACAUCUACUACAACACCAGAACCUACCACAUCAUCUACUCCUACACCGACAACUACCACAAAGCCUCCUACAACAACACCAGAAUCUACCACAUCAUCUACUCCUACACCGACAACUACUACAACAUCUACUACAACACCAGAACCUACCACAUCAUCUACCCCUACACCGACAGCUACCACAACAUCCACUACAACGACACCAAUAUCAGAAUCUAUCUCAUCUACCUUUACACCAACAACUACCACAAAGCCUCCUACAACAACACCAGAACCUACCACAUCCUCUACCCCUACACCGACAACUACCACAAAGCCUCCUACAACAACACCAGAAUCUACCACAUCAUCUACUCCUACACCGACAACUACUACAACAUCUACUACAACACCAGAACCUACCACAUCAUCUACCCCUACACCGACAACUACCACAAAGCCUCCUACAACAACACCAGAAUCUACCACAUCAUCUACUCCUACACCGACAACUACUACAACAUCUACUACAACACCAGAACCUACCACAUCAUCUACCCUUACACCAACAACUACCACAAAGCCUCCUACAACAACACCAGAACCUACCACAUCCUCUACCCCUACAUCGACAACUACCACAAAGCCUCCUACAACAACACCAGAAUCUACCACAUCAUCUACUCCUACACCGACAACUACUACAACAUCUACUACAACACCAGAACCUACCACAUCAUCUACUCCUACACCGACAACUACCACAAAGCCUCCUACAACAACACCAGAAUCUACCACAUCAUCUACUCCUACACGGACAACUACUACAACAUCUACUACAACACCAGAACCUACCACAUCAUCUACCCCUACACCGACAGCUACCACAACAUCCACUACAACGACACCAAUAUCAGAAUCUAUCUCAUCUACCCUUACACCAACAACUACCACAAAGCCUCCUACAACAACACCAGAACCUACCACAUCAUCUACUCCUACACCGACAACUACCACAAAGCCUCCUACAACAACACCAGAACCUACCACAUCAUCUACCCCAACAACAACAACUAUCACAUCAACAUCAACUAAGCCUAUAACACCAUGCAUGUGUUGGUGGUCUGACUGGUUUAAUGUAUAUAAUCCUGCAGUAGGAGGAUGGAAUGACUUGGAGACUUAUGAAAAAAUUGCAGAAAGUGGAAAAGAGAUCUGUGAAGAGCCAGAAGAUAUUGAAUGUAGGGCUGUGGGCCAACCUGACAUGAGCUUUGAAGAUUAUAUUCAUCAUACAGGACAAGUUGCCCAUUGCAAUGUUUCAUAUGGAUUGGUGUGUAAGAAAGAAGAACAGAAUAAACGCCCCUAUAAAUGUAUUGACUAUGAAAUACGUGUUUACUGUUGUACCCCUUGUUCAAGUACCACAUCAUCUACCCCUACACCGACAGCUACCACAACAUCUACUACAAUAACACCAAAACCUACCACAUCCUCUACCCCUACACCGACAACUACCACAAAGCCUCCUACAACAACACCAGAAACUACCACAUCAUCUACUCCUACACCGACAACUACCACAAAGCCUCCUACAACAACACCAGAAUCUACCACAUCAUCUACUCCUACACCGACAACUACUACAACAUCUACUACAACACCAGAACCUACCACAUCAUCUACCCCUACACCGACAACUACCACAAAGCCUCCUACAACAACACCAGAACCUACCACAUCAUCUACCCCUACACCGACAACUACCACAAAGCCUCCUACAACAACACCAGAAACUACCACAUCAUCUAAUCCUACACCAACAACUACCACAAAGCCUCCUACAACAACACCAGAACCUACCACAUCAUCUACCCCUACACCGACAACUACUACAACAUCUACAACAACACCAGAACCUACCACAUCAUCUAAUCCUACACCAACAACUACCACAAAGCCUCCUACAACAACACCAGAAUCUACCACAUCAUCUACUCCUACACCGACAACUACUACAACAUCUACUACAACACCAGAACCUACCACAUCAUCUACUCCUACACCGACAACUACUACAAAGCCUCCUACAACAACACCAAAACCUACCACAUCCUCUACUCCUACACCGACAACUACUACAACAUCUACAACAACACCAGAACCUACCACAUCAUCUACCCCUACACCGACAACUACCACAAAGCCUCCUACAACAACACCAGAAACUACCACAUCAUCUAAUCCUACACCAACAACUACCACAAAGCCUCCUACAACAACACCAGAACCUACCACAUCAUCUACCCCUACACCGACAACUACUACAACAUCUACAACAACACCAGAACCUACCACAUCAUCUACCCCUACACCGACAACUACCACAAAGCCUCCUACAACAACACCAGAACCUACCACAUCAUCUACCCCUACACCGACAACUACCACAAAGCCUCCUACAACAACACCAGAACCUACCAUCAUCUACUCCUACACGACAACUACUACAACAUCUACAACAACACCAGAACCUACCACAUCAUCUACCCCUACACCGACAACUACCACAAAGCCUCCUACAACAACACCAGAAUCUACCACAUCAUCUACUCCUACACCGACAACUACCACAACAUCUACUACAACACCAGAACCUACCACAUCAUCUACCCCUACACCGACAACUACUACAACAUCUACAACAACACAAGAACCUACCACAUCAUCUACCCCUACACCGACAACUACUACAAUAUCUACAACAACACAGAACCUACCUACCACAACAUCUACUACAACAACACCAGAACCUACCACAUCAUCUACCCUUACACCAACAACUACCACAAAGCCUCCUACAACAACACCAGAACCUACCACAUCAUCUACUCCUACACCGCCAACUACCACAAAGCCUCCUACAACAACACCAGAACCUACCACAUCAUCUACCCCAACAACAACAACUAUCACAUCAACAUCAACUAAGCCUAUAACACCAUGCAUGUGUUGGUGGUCUGACUGGUUUAAUGUAUAUAAUCCUGCAGUAGGAGGAUGGAAUGACUUGGAGACUUAUGAAAAAAUUGCAGAAAGUGGAAAAGAGAUCUGUGAAGAGCCAGAAGAUAUUGAAUGUAGGGCUGUGGGCCAACCUGACAUGAGCUUUGAAGAUUAUAUUCAUCAUACAGGACAAGUUGCCCAUUGCAAUGUUUCAUAUGGAUUGGUGUGUAAGAAAGAAGAACAGAAUAAACGCCCCUAUAAAUGUAUUGACUAUGAAAUACGUGUUUACUGUUGUACCCCUUGUUCAAGUACCACAUCAUCUACCCCUACACCGACAGCUACCACAACAUCUACUACAAUAACACCAAAACCUACCACAUCCUCUACCCCUACACCGACAACUACCACAAAGCCUCCUACAACAACACCAGAAACUACCACAUCAUCUACUCCUACACCGACAACUACCACAAAGCCUCCUACAACAACACAGAACCUACCAAUCAUCUACUCCUACACGACAACUACUACAACAUCUACUACAACACCAGAACCUACCACAUCAUCUACCCCUACACCGACAACUACUACAAAGCCUCCUACAACAACACCAGAACCUACCACAUCAUCUACCCCUACACCGACAACUACUACAACAUCUACAACAACACCAGAACCUACCACAUCAUCUACCCCUACACCGACAACUACCACAAAGCCUCCUACAACAACACCAGAAACUACCACAUCAUCUACCCCUACACCAACAACUACCACAAAGCCUCCUACAACAACACCAGAACCUACCACAUCAUCUACCCCUACACCGACAACUACUACAACAUCUACAACAACACCAGAACCUACCACAUCAUCUACCCCUACACCGACAACUACCACAAAGCCUCCUACAACAACACCAGAACCUACCACAUCAUCUACCCCUACACCGACAACUACCACAAAGCCUCCUACAACAACACCAGAACCUACCACAUCAUCUACUCCUACACCGACAACUACUACAACAUCUACAACAACACCAGAACCUACCAUCAUCUACCCCUACACGACAACUACCACAAAGCCUCCUACAACAACACCAGAAUCUACCACAUCAUCUACUCCUACACCGACAACUACCACAACAUCUACUACAACACCAGAACCUACCACAUCAUCUACCCCUACACCGACAACUACUACAACAUCUACAACAACACAAGAACCUACCACAUCAUCUACCCCUACACCGACAACUACUACAAUAUCUACAACAACACAAGAACCUACCACAUCAUCUACCCCUACACCGACAGCUACCACAACAUCUACUACAACAACACCAGAACCUACCACAUCAUCUACCCCUACACCGACAACUACCACAAAGCCUCCUACAACAACACCAGAACCUACCACAUCAUCUACCCCUACACCGACAACUACCACAAAGCCCCCUACAACAACACCAGAAUCUACCACACCAUCUACUCCUACACCGCCAACUACUACAACAUCUACAACAACACCAGAACCUACCACAUCAUCUACCCCUACACCGACAACUACCACAAAGCCUCCUACAACAACACCAGAAUCUACCACAUCGUCUACUCCUACACCGACAACUACUACAACAUCUACUACAACACCAGAACCUACCACAUCAUCUACCCCUACACCGACAACUACUACAACAUCUACAACAACACAAGAACCUACCACAUCAUCUACCCCUACACCGACAGCUACCACAACAUCUACUACAACAACACCGAAACCUACCACAUCCUCUACUCCUACACCGACAACUACCACAAAGCCCCCUACAACAACACCAGAAUCUACCACACCAUCUACCCCUACACCGACAACUACCACAAAGCCCCCUACAACAACACCAGAAUCUACCACACCAUCUACUCCUACACCGACAACUACUACAACAUCUACAACAACACCAGAACCUACCACAUCAUCUACCCCUACACCGACAACUACCACAAAGCCCCCUACAACAACACCAGAAUCUACCACACCAUCUACUCCUACACCGACAACUACUACAACAUCUACAACAACACCAGAACCUACCACAUCAUCUACCCCUACACCGACAACUACCACAAAGCCUCCUACAACAACACCAGGACCUACCACAUCAUCUACCCCUACACCGACAACUACUACAACAUCUACAACAACACCAGAACCUACCACAUCAUCUACCCCUACACCGACAACUACCACAAAGCCUCCUACAACAACACCAGAACCUACCACAUCAUCUACCCCUACACCGACAACUACCACAAAGCCUCCUACAACAACACCAGAAUCUACCACAUCAUCUACUCCUACACCGACAACUACUACAACAUCUACUACAACACCAGAACCUACCACAUCAUCUACCCCUACACCGACAACUACCACAAAGCCUCCUACAACAACACCAGAACCGACCACAUCAUCUACCCCUACACCGACAGCUACCAUAACAUCUACUACAACAACACCAAAACCUACCACAUCCUCUACCCCUACACCGACAACUACCACUAAGCCUCCUACAACAACACCAGAAUCUACCACAUCAUCUACUCCUACACCGACAACUACUACAACAUCUACUACAACACCAGAACCUACCACAUCAUCUACUCCUACACCGACAACUACCACAAAGCCUCCUACAACAACACCAGAACCUACCACAUCAUCUACCCCUACACCGACAACUACUACAACAUCUACAACAACACCAGAACCUACCACAUCAUCUACCCCUACACCGACAACUACUACAACAUCUACAACAACACCAGAACCUACCACAUCAUCUACCCCUACACCGACAACUACUACAACAUCUACAACAACACCAGAACCUACCACAUCAUCUACCCCUACACCGACAACUACCACAAAUCCUCCUACAACAACACCAGAACCUACCACAUCAUCUACCCCUACACCGACAACUACCACAAAGCCUCCUACAACAACACCAGAAUCUACAUCAUCUACCCCUACACCGACAACUACCACAAAGCCUCCUACAACAACACCAGAACCUACCACAUCCUCUACUCCUACACCGACAACUACUACAACAUCUACAACAACACCAGAACCUACCACAUCAUCUACCCCUACACCGACAACUACCACAAAGCCUCCUACAACAACACCAGAACCUACCACAUCAUCUACCCCUACACCGACAACUACUACAACAUCUACUACAACACCAAAACCUACCACAUCAUCUACCCCUACACCGACAGCUACCACAACAUCCACUACAACGACACCAAUAUCACAAUCUAUCUCAUCUACCCUUACACCAACAGCUACCACAAAGCUGACUACAACAACAGAACCUACCACAUCAUCUACCCCUACACCAACAACUACCACAAAGCCUCCAACAACAACAACACCAGAAUCUACCACAUCAUCUACCCCUACACCGACAGCUACCACAUCUACUACUACAACACCAGAACCUACCACAUCAUCUACCCCUAAACCGACAACUACCCCAAAGCCUCCUACAACAACACCAGCAACUACCACAUCAUCUACUCCUACACCGACAACUACCACAAAGCCUCCUACAACAACACCAGAAACUACCAUAUCAUCUACUCCUACACCGACAACUACUACAACACCAGAACCUACCACAUCAUCUACCCCUACACCGACAGCUACCACAACAUCUACUACAACAACACCAGAACCUACCACAUCAUCUACCCCUACACCGACAACUACCACAAAGCCUCCUACAACAACACCAGAACCUACCACAUCAUCUACCCCUACACCGACAGCUACCACAACAUCUACAACAACAACAACACCAGAACCUACCACAUCAUCUACUCCUACACCGACAACUACUACAACAUUUACUGCAACACCAGAACCUACCACAUCAUCUACCCCUACACCGACAACUACCACGAAGUCUACUACAACACCAGAGCCUACCACAUCAUCUACCCCUACACCGACAACUACAGCAAAGCCUACUACAACACCAGAAACUACCACAUCCUCUACCCCUACACCGACAACUACCACAAAGCCUCCUACAACAACACCAGAAACUACCACAUCAUCUACCCCUACACCGACAGCUACCACAACAUCCACUACAACGACACCAAUAUCAGAAUCUAUCUCAUCUACCCCUACACCGACAACUACCACAAAGCCCCCUACAACAACACCAGAAUCUACCACACCAUCUACUCCUACACCGACAACUACUACAACAUCUACAACAACAUCAGAACCUACCACAUCAUCUACCCUUACACCGACAACUACCACAAAGCCCCCUACAACAACACCAGAAUCUACCACAUCAUCUACUCCUACACCGACAACUACUACAACAUCUACUACAACAUCAGAACCUACCACAUCAUCUACCCCUACACCGACAACUACCACAAAGCCUCCUACAACAACACCAGAACCUACCACAUCAUCUACCCCUACACCGACAACUACUACAACAUCUACAACAACACCAGAACCUACCACAUCAUCUACCCCUACACCGACAGCUACCACAACAUCCACUACAACGACACCAAUAUCAGAAUCUAUCUCAUCUACCCUUACACCAACAGCUACCACAAAGCCGACUACAACACCAGAACCUACCACAUCAUCUACCCCUACACCAACAACUACCACAAAGCCUCCAACAACAACACCAGAAUCUACCACAUCAUCUACCCCUACACCGACAGCUACCACAUCUACUACUACAACACCAGAACCUACCACAUCAUCUACCCCUAAACCGACAAGUACCCCAAAGCCUCCUACAACAACACCAGCAACUACCACAUCAUCUACUCCUACACCAACAACUACUACAAAGCCUCCUACAACAACACCAGAAACUACCAUAUCAUCUACUCCUACACCGACAACUACUACAACACCAGAACCUACCACAUCAUCUACCCCUACACCGACAGCUACCACAACAUCUACUACAACAACACCAGAACCUACCACAUCAUCUACCCCUACACCGACAACUACCACAAAGCCUCCUACAACAACACCAGAACCUACCACAUCAUCUACCCCUACACCGACAACUACCACAAAGCCUCCUACAACAACACCAGAAACUACCACAUCAUCUAAUCCUACACCAACAACUACCACAAAGCCUCCUACAACAACACCAGAACCUACCACAUCAUCUACCCCUACACCGACAACUACCACAAAGUCUACUACAACACCAGAGCCUACCACAUCUACCCCUACACUGACAACUACAGCAAAGCCUACUACAACACCAGAAACUACCACAUUCUCUACCCCUACACCGACAACUACCACAAAGCCUCCUACAACAACACCAGAAACUACCACAUCAUCUACCCCUACACCGACAGCUACCACAACAUCUACUACAACAACAGAACCUACUACUUCAUCUACCCCAACUACAACAAAGUCUACAACAACAACAACACCAGAACCUACAACAUCAUCUACCCCUACACCACCAACAACACAGUCUAGAUCAACAACUGAAACAAUAAGUGUUGUUACUGGAGUAAAAACAACAACAACAACAACAUCAUCACCUGGAUCACAAGUUGUAGUAACAAAAACACCAGAACCUACCACGUCAUCUACCCUUACAACAACAGCUACCACAAAGCCUACUACAACAACAACAACAACAGCAUUUACAUCUACAUUGUUUGUUUCCAGCACUACACCUGCCCCUCCACCUACUCCUACACCAACUCCACAUUACGACUGUCCAGAAUGGGACAAAAAUACCAAUGAGACCUUCUACUUGUGUGACUGCUUAAUGGCGAGGUGCUUAGAAGACAACAAAAUCGAAAUUAUCCCAUUUGAAUGCCCUCCACUGCAGAACAUCAUCUGUGAAAAUGGCAAAAAACCAGUGCUUGUCUAUGAUGAGCAUGGCUGCUGCCAAUAUUAUGCAUGUGACUGCUUUUGUGAAGGCUGGGGUGACCCGCAUUACAUCACAUUUGAUGGACUCUUCUACAGUUAUCAAGGAAACUGUACUUAUGUAUUAAUGGAGGAAAUCAGGCCUCAAUACCAUUUGAAGAUCUACAUCGACAGUGUCUACUGUGACCCUGUUGAGCAUGUAUCCUGUCCCAGAUCUAUUAUUGUGUCUUACAACAAACUACUCAUAACACUCACAAAUCACAAUCUCAUAGGAGGUGCAGACCUAGAGGCUUUUGAGAACAAUGUAAAGUUACAACUACCAUAUACUCAUAAUAGUGUGAGAGUUGUAAGCUCAGGCCUAGACUUGAUCCUAAGUAUUCCACUGCUGGGUGUUAAUAUAACAUUUGGAGCCACUGGCUUUGGCGUCAGUUUGCCAUUCCAGCUUUUUGGAAACAACACACAAGGUCACUGUGGAACAUGCAACAACAACAAGGCUGAUGACUGCAUGAUCCCUGGAGGGAUCUUGGUGGACGACUGUGCAGUGAUGGCAGAUUACUGGCCAGCCAGUGGUGUGAACGGUGAAAUUUGCACUCCACCAACUGCUUUACCUACCGUUGGGGGUAACAAACCUACAUCUAAGCCAUGCCCAGUUCAUCCUGACUGCAACCUCCUUGAUAGCGAGGUGUUCAAAGCAUGCCAUCCACAUCUGUCCCCCAAAAACUUCAUUUUAGCAUGUGAAUAUGACAUUUGUCAUAUGAGCAACCCUGCCGUGGUGUGUACCAGUCUGCAGACUUACGCGAGGGCUUGUUCUCAAUUAGGGAUCUGCAUACACUGGAGGAACUACACUAACCUUUGCAAUAUUGAAUGUGCAGCAGAUAAAGUCUUCAGUCCUUGUGGUCCAGCUGAGCCACCAACCUGUGCUGAUAUACCUGGACAGAUCACCAUUAAAGUGCCCACAGAGGGCUGCUUCUGUCCUGAGGGCUCAUUGCUCUUCAACAAGGAGUCAGGAGUCUGUGUGAACAAAUGCGGAUGCCUGGACGCCUCUGGAACACCACGUGAGUUCGAUGGUUUUGAAUACAACUGUGAGGAGUGUAUCUGUGAUAAGGCCAGCAAAUCUGUGAUCUGUAAGCCCAAGAAGUGUCCUGAUGUGAACCCUGUGAGCUGCACUGAGCCCGGCUUUGUGCUGGUCAAUGUCACCGAUCCUUCAGACCCAUGCUGCAACAAACAAGUUUGCAAUUGUGAUGCCAGCAUGUGCCCACCUAUGGAUACGAAGUGUGCAGUUGGAUAUGCACCAGUCCUGGAAGUGCCUGACGGAAAAUGCUGUCCAGUAAUCAAAUGCGAGCCAAAGAAAGUGUGCGUCCACAAAAAUAUGGAAUAUGAGCCUGGUACCGACAUUCCCGUUGUUGACUGUCAGGAAUGCAGCUGUACGUGGGAUGUGGAUCCUAAAACGCAGUUCUUCAAGAUCAAAUGUGGAUUUGUGCAGUGCAAUGAGAAAUGUGAUCCUGGUUAUGAAUAUAUUGAAACGAACUUUGCCGACUGCUGUGGAAAGUGUGUGCAAACUCACUGCAUUGUCAAUAUCAAUGGCGUCGAUCAUAUAAUGAAGGAAGGAGAGACUUUGCCUUCUACAAAUCAGGGCUGUGAUAGAAUCACGUGUACUAAAGUUAAUGGACAGUUCAUCACUAACAAAUACACAGUCCAGUGUCCUCCUUUCAACGUUUCCAACUGCCAGCCUGGCACCGUCCAGCUGUCAUCUGAUGGCUGCUGCCAUGUUUGUGUGGACCAAAUUAAGGGAUGUCAAGUACAGACCGUUCGCGAUUACAUAAAUCACAACGACUGUCAGUCAGAGAAGAAAAUGGACCUGGCAUUUUGUGGUGGAGACUGUACUAGUUUUAGCAGGUACACUGAACCUGGAUUGUCCUCUUGUACCUGUUGCCAGGCCACUCGUGCAAGUAAUCGCACAGUGAAUCUUGGUUGCGUAAACGGAGACAUAGUGACCUACACGUACAUCCAUGUUGAGGAGUGCGCCUGUAGCAGAACUAAAUGUCAUAGAGUGGGAGUGGACCACACACUCCUUGAAGACAGCCAAAGAAAACGCAGCUUAGGACUUCCGUGAGCAGCAGCAGUAAAUCAUCUACACGAAGACACUGAAAUAUGAAUUCUUUGAGAAACUUUGUUUGGAAAUUAAUUUAAAUUGCACAUGCUUUGUUUAACAUUUCUAAAACUUUAUCUAUAGGUCUCUUUUUUUUUCUUUUCUUAAAAAUGUGUACUAUUUUGCUUGUGUUUGAAAUUAAAAGCAAUAAAAAAGCAUCUUAAA